ACUCGAGCGGCGAGGGUGCAGAGUCGUGCGAAAACGCGGCAGUUUCUUUGCCUUCACAGAGUAGCAAACGCGUUCGUUAACCCAGUCUCCCAAUUCAGAAGGGUUUACUUUAAAAAAAUGGAACAAAUACAACUGACGGUGUCAGGGGAAUGUUCUUCCUGCUUAGGAAAACCAGGCCUUUUUCCAGCCUCCGGGAACGACUGCACUCAUUCUAAACCCUGCAGGUCUGCACCGCAGGCCCGGGCAGGCCUCCCUUGCCUCCCGCCCCCAGCAGGGGUGUGACGGCAAAAUCGGACCUGGCCCAGCCAGGCAAGGGGACGGACAGCUCCGCAGAGACGCGGGGCCUGGCGUGCACCGAGCGCUGGCGGCUCGGGGACGCUCAGAGGGGUGGAGUUAGUAACCCCAGGCUGCACAGCCAGCCUGCUGCAGAGCCGGGGUUUGAGCCGGCCCAGCUCCCUCCACCCCCUUCUCAGUUCCCCUGACUCGGGGCCGUGGGUCGUGUGGCCUCCACCCACUGCCAGGGUGCCAGCUUUGCGGCACCUGAGCCAGGCCUCUUCUGCGGGCCCGGAGGCCCGUGUGCGCGCCCACCACCACGGGGGAAUGCAUGAGGCCCCGGCCUGUCCCCUCCAGUCUUCAUAGGUUGCCUGCUGCUGUCUGCACCUGUGUUUGGCUACCUGGGCGACCGACACAGCCGCAAAGCUACGCUGAGCAUUGGGAUCCUGCUCUGGUCAGGGGCGGGCCUCUCCAGCUCCUUCAUUUCCCCCCAGUAUUCCUGGCUGUUCUUCCUGUCCCGGGGAGUCGUGGGCACCGGCUCGGCCAGCUACUCCACCAUCGCGCCCACCAUUCUGGGCGACCUCUUUGUGAGGGACCAGCGGACCCGGGUGCUGGCCAUCUUCUACAUCUUUAUCCCUGUCGGAAGGUCAUGCCCUGCCUGGAAGCUGUAGCCUUGGUCCUGCUUAUCGUGCUGGUUCCAGACCCUCCCCGGGGAGCUGCUGAGAAGCAGGAGGAGGUGGCCACGGGGGGCCCGAGGAGCAGCUGGUGGGAGGACGUCAGAUACCUGGGGAGGAACUGGAGCUUUGUGUGGUCCACCCUCGGGGUGACUGCCAUCGCCUUUGUGACUGGAGCUCUGGGCUUCUGGGCCCCCACAUUUCUGUUCGAGGCCCGUGUGGUGCAUGGACUGCAGCGCCCUUGCCUCCAGGAGCCGUGCAGCAGCCCGGACAGCCUGAUUUUUGGGGCGCUGACUGUCGUGACUGGCAUCAUUGGAGUUGUCCUGGGAGCAGAGGCUUCCAGGAGGUACAAGAAAGUCAACCCUCGGGCCGAGCCCCUCCUCUGCGCCGGCAGCCUUCUGGUCGCAGCCCCCUGCCUCUUCCUGGCUCUCAUCCUGGCCCCGACCACGUUCCUGGCCUCCUAUGUAAGUGCUCCUGGCCCUCGGGGAGCUGCUUCUGUCCUGCAACUGGGCGGUGGUUGCCGACAUCCUGCUGUCCGUGGUGGUGCCCAGGUGCCGGGGGACAGCAGAGGCUUUGCAGAUCACAGUGGGCCACAUCCUGGGGGACGCCAGCAGCCCUUACCUUACUGGACUGGUGUCCAGCACCCUGAGGGCCGGGCGCCCAGACUCCUACCUGCAGGCCUUCCUCAGCCUCCAGCAGAGUUUCCUGUGCUGUGCAUUUGUCAUUGCCCUGGGCGGGGGCUGCUUCCUGCUGACGGCGCUGCGCCUGGAGUGGGACCAGGCCCGGGCCCGGGCGCCUGGCACAGGGACCCCGCACAGCGAGGACGCGGAGAGGCGAGCCCUGCUUUCUGGCGCGGGCGCCGCCACAGAGGACCCCUGAGGCCCCCGCCCUCCUGCCCGCCUCCCUGCGCCCCUCCCGCUGGCCGCUGCGGCGUCAGGGCCCUGUCCCCCUCUGGCUGUGGCUCAGGGCCCCCAGCCGAGCUGCACCUGUCAUUUCUUCCCUCCCAGCCAGGGAGCUGGCAGGGCCUGUGACGGGAAUUGAGCUGUCAGCGCCUUCGGCGGGAGGCCUGGGCCUGCGCCCGCCCAGCCCCGGGUCCUCAGCCCGGUUGGUUGCCUGUGGGCCCCGAUUAAAAGUGGAUUUCAGGCCUUU